AUGGAUUUUGAUGAGCGGAUUUCUGGCUCCAAUAUGUAUUUACCGAGCUGCACUUACUACGUCUCCGGAGCAGACUUCUCAGGUCUCCCACAUUAUUUAACCCAGAGCCAGUCCUCUUGCCCCAUGACAUACCCAUACCAGUCCUCAGCCCUGCCACAGGUCCCGUCCGUGAGAGAAGUGACUUUCAGAGACUAUGGGAUUGAUGCGUCCAGUAAAUGGCACCACAGCAGGGGGAGCCUGUCACACUGCUACCCCGAGGACAUCGUGCACAGGGACGGCUGGACGAGCCCGAGCGCACGGGGGGCAGAGAUCCUGGUAAAAGGCAGCUCCGGAGGGAGUCACUGCGCCAACCCGACUCCCGGCUUCUAUGGCAGCGUUGGCAGGAACGGCGUCCUGCCACAGGCCUUCGACCAGUUCUUCGACACCGCCUACGGGAGCGCGGAGAGCAGCACAACACAGACCGCACAAGCAGCAGACUCGGACAGACACGCGGCCAAAACAAGUCCCGCUCCGGCUCAUCCGGGCUCGGACACGGCGGAGAGCUGCAGCCCCAAGUCGUCCUCCGGCCACAGCGAGGAGAAACAGAGCAAAAGCAGCAGUGGCCAGAGGACGCGCAAAAAGAGAUGUCCAUAUUCAAAGUAUCAGAUCAGAGAACUCGAGAGGGAAUUCUUUUUCAGCGUAUACAUCAACAAAGAGAAGCGCGUGCAGCUCUCUCGGAUGCUCAAUCUGACAGAUCGCCAAGUCAAAAUCUGGUUUCAGAACAGGAGGAUGAAGGAGAAGAAACUGAACAGAGACCGUUUACAGUACUACACCACGACCCCUCUGCUAUAA